CAAACAACACACGCACGGCAGUCGCUCGCCGACAACCAUACAACUCAGUCUACCUGAGUGCCAAUACUAGUUCUUGUAGCUCUUCUCCUCUUCCACACUCGUAAACACACUCUCGGUUUCGUGAACAAUGCCCCUUUGGUUCUAUGCCCGCAUUGAGGGAGCGUGACAAUUAUAUGGAAAACCACCAAAUCCCAACACAGAAUUAGUGACUCUAAGUGUAAACAUUGUUGUUCCUCCGCUUCAGUCCUCUGUACCUUUUGGAUUAUCGCAUUUCUACUUACCCAGGGUUUCUGCUUGUGCACGCUUGUGAUGUGGGAGUGAUGACCUCGCUGGUCUCUUUAAGCCCUAAACGAAAUCCAUUCGGGGCCCGAAGGCCCACACCGCAACCUGACUGUCCCCAAGACUCCUGCACCGAAGAUAACCCAUUGGUCAAGAGAUCCGCUUCACUUAACACACUACAACCGACCAUCUUCGAGCCGAGGAUGGCCCAGCUGGAAACCCUCGAGGCGAAGAUGGCCAGCAUCGAGGUGUCGUUAUCGCAGACACCCAGGCGCAAGAAGAAUGGAAGUUUGGGUGGCGUCAGUCUAGGCGGUUCUAUAAGGUCUAUACCCAAGGAUGUUGCUGUUAAAGAGUUGGAGUCUCUGAGGAACGCGCUCAGGGACAAGGAGAACAUCAUCCAGAGCUUGAAGGGACAAUUGAGUAUUAUGGCGUUGAGGCUCUCCCAAAUCAGGAAUGGGAAUAUCUGCAACAACAACAAUGGCAAUUGCUUCAGGGAGCUCUCGGAGGUGGAGAAGAAACAAGCCGAAGACCGAUUGGCCAAACUACGCAACGAGACCGACGCCAAGAGAUUAGCCAUCAAGAACUUGAAGAUGGCCUUGGAAAGAAGAGAUAACACUGAUAAUAUAGAUGCACGGAUCCAGCAAGCAGAGUUGGAGUACCAACUGGGAAGGGAAGAACUCAAUCUUCUAACGUUGUUAGAGGAGACUCGAGCGCUUCAACAUUGUCUGGAGGAGUCGAACAAGAAACUUUCCGACUCCCAUACUCUCUUCAGUUGUUUGAGUGGUAACGAGCCGGUGAGUCUGCAUAUUGCCGAAAUUGUUUACGACCCGAAGAGCCCUCGGUUCGGGGCUGGACAGAGAGAUUCGACACCUGGUUUGUGGGUCGAUUGGGCCUUAGAAGACACCGGACUUUGUAAAGGCGACAGAUUGGUCGAGGUAAACGGUAAAAUUGUGUUGACGAAAGGAAGAGAAGAUCUUGCGAGAUUGUUGCACGCAGCCCCAGAUCCCGCUCUUUUGGUGGUUCUACGAAAAGGGAAUAACGGUGGUUGUGCUGUGACAUCUUCGACUUCAAGAGAGGUGGCCGCCCUGAGAUGCGAGCUGGAAGUGGUGAAGGAGCGAGCGGAGGAGUCUCAGAGAGCCAAAGAUGGUCUUAGAUCCGAUAACAUCCGACUAACUCAUCGAAUCUCUUAUUUGGAAGAACAGGUCUCUGAACUUCUGAAUCGGAAAUCUCCAGAUUCCGACAUUCGUGUGGUCACCCAAAGUCCGGUCAUAACGUCCACGGUGAAGACGAGCCAGAAUGUAACCAACAUAAACAUCUGUUCGCAGCCAACGCAGGUGGUAAAUAAGGAGCAGGUAUUCCAGAAGGGUCCGCAGAUGACCACUUUGGUGUCCAACGUGCCCGGGCUCGAUGUUGCAAAGGAUUCCGCCCUUCCGAUACGUUCGAAGAGCAGUUUAUCGAACGUUUCCAACACUCUGAUAGCUCCCAGUCCGCAGCCCUCGGAUCAUUCUUGUCAUAAAGGUCACAGGCACAAGCACAGAUCUUCGCGCAACAUGCUUCUAUCGUCGAGCACACAGAAUUUGGACCAGAAUUACAAGAAACACCAUCACCAUCAUCAUCAUAGAGAGAAGGACUACAGCUCGGAAACGAAUUCGGAAAUGUACAGGGCGAGGAAGAGCUUGGAUCAUCCGAGACUCACCGAAUACCCCGAAGCCAACAACCUCAUGGAUCAGAGCUACAGGAAAGCCACGAAAAUCGUUCAGGAUCUCACCAAGAGCAAAGAUAACCAUCUUUAUGAGAAGCACCGCUCCAAGUGCAUAGGAGCGUCGGAAAAAUACAACUCAGACAUGUUACGCCAUUAUAACUCAAGAAAAUCCACAUCGGUCUUAGAUUUCCGCUCGGAGAUCCACAUCGGUCCUAAAUACAACGACUCCAGAAGCGUCGAAGAAUUGGACACCAUCGACAAUAAGAAUACCUCGAAGCGUUUAUAUAAAAAACUACACGACGCUCGCAGCGUUAAAUCACUAGACUUCGACAGCGAUUGCAAUUAUCCACCGAACACCCCUAAAUCCGUGGAUUACACUUCAGAACCCAUAGAUAAUCACAAGAUGAAUGUGAAACCAAGACCCACUCCACCCAAGAAACCGCUAAGAUUAUCUUUGCAUCGAGCGCAGAGCUUGCAAUCAGUGGAAACACCUCCAAUCACACCGAACGGAUCUCCGCCAGGUCUCGACCCAAGGAAACCCAUGAAGAGGAACUACAAGGGCGAAGCUCCUUUAAACGGACACGAUAAAAGUACCAAUAUGGAUCCAAGACCGCAUCAGAAGGAACCGCCGAAGUGGACAAGCUUCGCGCAAAAGAAAGACAACUUGAUCUUCAUCAACGACGGAAGAAGAUCCAACUGGUGUUAAUUGAUUAAUCUUGCCACACAAAAUAACGGUACUAAUUCGUGCAAUAUUCGACGCAUCUAUUCCUUCCA